CUCUGAGCUUUCAAGAUGCGCCAAUGUAUAUGAUGCUUUAAAGACAAAAGCUUGAAAAUAAUGGCUUCAUAUAGCCCUAAACUGAUAGACAAAAAAUACAAUAACUGGGUUAAAGCUCAGUUAGCUGUGUUGUUUACUAAAGAAGGAGUUGAACCUUUUGUUUGCAAUGAAAUCAAACAGUUUCAAUUGAAAUGUUUACAUGAUAUAUGCUAUUUAAAUGGAUUACCUAGUGGGACUUCUUGUUCAAUUUGUUGUACAGAAAAUCUUGUAAAGUGUCCUACAAAUAGAAUAUGUUAUGUUUGGCGUGGGAAAUGUACGUAUCAUCGAAAUGUCACAACACGGUACAAUUCCUCUGGCUGUCCUAGCAAGAUAUGUCAUAACUUCAAAACUGAAGUACAGAAUGCACAUAGAUACAACGGUCCGUCGUACAAAAACAGUGAUGCUACCCAGUGGUGCAGUAAUUUCUGGGAAGUUGCAAAAUGCUUCAUGCCCCCAGAUGGGUAUAAAGAAAAGGCAUCUGCAUCAGAAACAGACUUCAAUGGUAUCAUUAGCGUUAUCCUUAAUCACAAAGACUUCCAGGGUAAAGUACAUGAAAACCUCGGUAAUAAACUAAAUAAGUUUGAAGAGGCAAGAGAAAUUGGAAGACAUGUUCGACAUUCAUCAAAACUUGAAAUAGACGAUUCAGAUCUUCAGAAAUACUUCAAAUUAUUACAGCAACUACUAUCUGACACCAUGUAUUUAUCUACAGACACACAUGCGCAGAAUGCUAAAAAGAAACUGAUACAGUUAGAAAAUGACACACUUGUCAUUGGUAAAAAUGAUAUAAGGAAAGUACUAGAAGAUGUGGCAACAGUGCUUCAAGACAAGAUGCAGGCUGGAUUAGAUGAUCAAUAUGACAGAAUUAAACUAGAUAUGAUAAAAAGAAAACAAGAAGAUCUUAUAUCUCUUGAGUCUAAAACUGCCGAGGGAAUGAUACAGCUUCAAGGUAUGACUGAUGCUUCCGUGAAAAGAUUAAAUGACGAAAGGGACAAAGAAAUUUUUACAAUUUGUGAUCAAGGUGAUAAAAAACGAAAAAUCCUGGCAGAAUUAGGAGGGACGUUAGGAAAAAAACUGAAAACAGCAAGUAUAGUCGAGAAAGAAGAACAAUAUAUUGAUUCUAAACAAAAACUUCAAGGCGACUUGAUUAAAUUCUACAGAAAAUGGUGUAGUUCAAUACCUCUCUCACCGCUUCUUGAAGAAAUAGAGACACCUUUAGCUGGGUUCUACGUGAUGCCAGAUAUGGUCGCCGUAAAACAGAAGUCCCUAACAUGUCAUGAAGAGGAAAGAACACCGGUAAAGUCAUUGAAAGACCUGUUUUCAACCGGAAGUGCAGAUCAGCAAGAAAUUUAUCUAUUAGCUGACGCAGGCUUUGGAAAAACUGCUUUUUCAAAAUAUCUUGCAAUCAUGUGGUGUCAAGCUCAUUGUCACGAUGAAAACUACGACUGUUUUAAAGACGACGAGUUGAAAACGUUAUUUGACUUUGAGUUCUUAUUUUUGGUUUUAUUAAGAGACUGUACCUCUGUUUGUGACAUUGACGAUAUGAUUGAACAGCAAAUUUCUGAGAAACUUCCUUCAUCAACAUUACUAGACGAAGUUUUACGCAGAGAAAAAUGCUUGAUUGUAUUGGACGGUCUUGAUGAAUGGACUCACCCUGAUAAUAGAUGUAGCGAAGUUAAAGAAAAAAUCCCACAUCGGUACAUACGUGAUAAUUGUGUUAUCCUAACGACAACCCGACCAUGGAAGCUUGGAGUGGCAAAUAUCAAAACAAGUCAAAUAAACAAAAAAGUAGAAUUGGUUGAAUUAAGUGCAGAUUCUACGCGGCAACUAGAAGAAAAUGCUAUUAGGAAAAUGACCGGUGUCCAUAACAAUAAAGUAUUGAAGAGUAAAACACAGGACUUUAAUAAAAUGAUACGUGACCGUCGCCUAGAGCACAUGCAAGUGAUUCCACUUCUCCUCAUGUAUAUAGUUUGCCUGUGGUGUAACAAUAUUCCUAUAGGAAAAUCAAAACAUGAAAUUUACACCAAUAUCAUUGAAUUUCUAUUAUCGAGAACUUCAAAGAAACACCCGGAAGUUCAACCAUCUCGUGAAUCGUCUACCAGUGAAAUUCCAGAUUACUUCAAAGGUCAUGCAUUUUGUAAAAGGUUUUACAGUCUUAUAACAUCAUUAGCAGAACUAGCUUACCAAAUGUUGUUUAACGACAGGAGAGAAAACACGCUUGUGUUUGAUAGAACUGUUGCUGAAAAAUAUCUCAAAUCAGACGACAUAAAGUUAAGUCUUCUCUCAGGAAUACUGUCAGAAAGUAGAAGUAAAACUUUAGUCACAGAAAUUAUCAAAGUAUCGUUUUCUCACAAAACAGUGCAAGAAUUCUUUGCUGCCAUAUUUAUAAGUUCACAAAGUGACGCUCAUAAAAUUGUUGUAGAAAACUGUAGAAAUGUUCAAGACAUUCUGGAUAUGUCAACAAUUUGUGAAUUUAUAAGUAAAAUGAAUGCUGACCGGAUGUGUGCAAUAUCAAAUGAUUUGAUGUCUGUGAUAAAUGAAGACGAGAAAACACGCGACUAUAGAACUAGGACAGGUGUCGAGUACUGGUAUAGUUCUCCAUUGUAUAACAUACAGAAAAUGUUCAUGUCGUGUUUACAAGCAAUGCCUGAAAGUGAAAAUAGUCAAUUAUGUUUACAAGAUUUCUUCAUUGACGAGGACACCGGUGUGCAUAUUGUGCAGUUACAACGUUUAUUAAAACAAAAUAAAACCAACAUGAAAUCACUUUAUAUAAACACCAGAAAUACUUCCAGCUGUUUACGUGAAAUUAUAGAUUUAUUCUCUCUCACAGAUCUCAGUCAUAUACAGAAACUUUACUAUUGGGGUGACGAGGAGAACGAGGCUCAGAUAAGUCGGAUAUUGUUUCCCAGUUUACAGUCCGUUAAUUUGCAGUGUGGUAAAUUGACAAAUGAUGAAGAAAAUCUAAGUGAAAACAUGGCGCGAUGUCAAAACUUACAAUAUUUAUAUAUUAACUACUUCACGUUAUCUCACAAAAUACUGGAAACAAUUUUCAAUUUUAUCUCAGGUCAAAAAUCAAUGAAAGAGUUAACAUUGGCGUGUUUAGACUGUAAAGAACAUGGCGGCCAUGAUUGUAAGAGAUGGAACUUGGACUUGUCUCAACAUUCAACUCUAUCAAAGUUAGACUUGUGGCAAUUACCUGGGAGUCUACAAUUAAAUAUAUCAACAUCGUCGUUAGUUGAUGUUACGUUGUGGGGAAUCAAUUUAGAUGAAUGUUCAUUGGUACUGAAAUGUGACAUGUUGAAUAUUGAACGUGUGGAGUUGUGUAAUAUAGAAAUGUCUGGAGGAAGUUUACAGAACUUUAUUACAGUGCUUGAAAAUCUGCCGCAGUCAGUGACAGUACAGAUGAAAGCCAUUAAACCGGAAACAGAAUAUGACCGUGUUAGAGAAAAUAUUCGGAGAUCACAAACUUUUCAUGUGAUACAAGAAGAGGGCGGGUCUAUGCAGCCAUUUGAGUUCAAAACAAUAAAACCAAGCAAAGAAUAGACAAGAAAAAAACAUUGUGAAAUAAAUUGAAGAAAUUACUUCAAUAAUUUUAAAUAAACAAAACAAUUUAAGUAUGGACAUUUAGAAACAAAAUGGCGGUUUUUCGAACUAUAUUAUAGUCCUCAGUUAGGACAUACAUGUAAUAUACGUUUCCAAUUAAAACAUUAAUUGACAAUUGAUUAUAGAUUUAAAAAAAUAACUGAUAUAAUUAAUUCAUUGAAGUCUUUUACAAGUUUUUUACGGAUCUUAAUAUAAAAGUUGGACAAGGAUACGGAAAUAUUUCACAGGUAAGAGAUUUUAUAUUGAAUGUUUAAUCUUUAAUUAUUAUUUUAUUAUACAUGCAUAUGUAAGAACUGAAAUAGAUUAUUGACAGUGAACACGAUUCUUAUAUUUUCUUUUAAUCGAAUAAAAUAUUUGAUAUAAAUAAAUCAACAUUAAUUAAAUAUUUAACAUGAAUUGUUUUUAUUCUGGAAUAAGAUUAUUUUUGUAAUUAAAAUGAAGCAUUUUAUAAACAUUGACUAUAAACAGAUACACAAUACAUGACACAUGUUAAUUAAAUGGCACGUCACCACCUCUACAUUAAACAUAGUUUGAACCAGCGCAUACAUGUAAUACGUUUCUCAAU